GGCGGGGCUACGGGGGAGUUGCCUGGCGACAGUGACGUCCCGUCGAGGGGAGUGGGGAGGAGGAGACAAGGAAGUUCCCGUAGUUUGUCUCAAGUUGUACCGUCGUCGCCAUGGGGGCCUCUGGCAGCCGCCUACCCCGAGACCUCCUGGGGGAGUACCAGGAGCUGACCUUCUUGACUAAGCAAGAGAUCCUGCUGGCCCACAAGCGAUUCAGUGAACUGCUGCCCAAGGAGGACCGGGAUCAGGCUUUCACCACAAGGAUCCCCAAGAGCAAGAUCUUGAUGCUGCCUGAGCUGCGGGCAAACCCCUUCCGGCACCGCAUUUGCCAUGUCUUCUCUACCACGGAUGACAGGGAAGGCGGCCUGUCCUUUGAGGACUUUCUGGACAUGCUGAGCGUCUUCAGCGACUCUGCAACACCAGAGAUCAAAUCGCAUUAUGCCUUCCGCAUCUUUGAUUUUGAUGAUGAUGGAACUCUUGACAAGAAGGAUUUGGAGAACCUGGUGAAUUGCCUGACGGGGGAAGGCGAGGACAGCAGGCUGAGUGCCAUGGAGAUGGACCAGCUCAUUCAGAACAUCUUGGAGGAGUCCGAUAUUGACAAAGAUGGGACCAUCAACCUCUCCGAGUUCCAGCACAUAAUUUCCCGCUCCCCAGACUUCACCAGUUCCUUCAAAAUUGUGCUCUGAUUCCUCCCUACUUCUCCCUCCUGCUGGAAGAUGCCUCCAUCUCUCUACAGAGGGAACAAACCACCUCUUUCUAGCCGCCCGAGGACAGCUGUGCCAAGGGGAAGAUCCUGCCUUGCAACCCCACCCAAGCUCUAGGUCUGGACAGCAACCAGGCUCUUGACAGGGUGGGGUGUCUUUGAGCCUCAUCCCCCCUACUGCUGUUCUUGGAGAGUUGGGUGUGGAGCAAGGCAUGCUGGGAGCCAUGGUCUGUAUGAAUUCUUGCUUUAUGGCAGCCUGGGACAGGGAAGACCUUGGCUGAGUGCUGAGCACUGGACUCUUCUCACCUGCAGCAGAAAAGUCACACUCCAAGGAGGUUUCUAUCCUGGGCGAUGACGAUCAUUGUUCCCCGGUGCUGCUGUACCUACACUGACAUUCCCACCGACUCUGUGCCUUUGCUGCAGCAAGGGCUGCCUCCAACUCUGCCUGUCUCUUUGUGGGCCCUGGACUGGCUUUCGCACCCUGGCAAAUGGACAGCAGCUCCUAACAAUUGCCCACUCCUUUGCAAACUCUUUCCAGCUUCUCACCUUCCCCACUUGGAGAUCAGCUGUCAGGAGAGCAGUUGGUGUAAAGACAAGUGCAGUCACCACUUCUGGCCCACUUGUGAUAUUGGCAGGUUGGGGUGGGGGGUUGGAUCUGAAUUUUCUGGCCAGUUAUUUGAGCUGGCGGGGGGGGGGGGUUGUGGAUGCACUUGCAAUCCAGAGGCUGGUGGUUGUUUCCAAAAGCCUUAAAUACCCACCCUCUUUUUACAAAACCUGUUGUGAUCUUGUCUGCUACUAAUAAAACUCAGCACCUGUAA